CGUCCGCUGUGAACGCGACGACGCGGCGUUCCGGCAACGCGUGUUCCGCGCGAAACAAAUCACGCCCGUGGUAUUCGAAGUGGAAACGGACGAUCGAAAAUCGGCCGUCACCUUUCCAUGGGAACGAGAAGGAAUUUUAUCACGAGCGCAGGAAAAUUUAUAGGAAGAUAGCGAGAGGAAGAGAGGAAAAACGAAAAUUUUUUAGGAACUUUUUGAAGACUCCGUGGAUGGCCGAUUUCGAUCGAAGCGCCGCUCGGGUGGCUCCAUCUACUGGGCAUGCGCAAUCACUAUGCACCGUCGGAAUCAUGUGUUCGCUCAGUAUAUUCCGGUCUCUGCUUGCGUACGGUCGUUUAUAAAGUAACGAUAGUUUUGCUAUCGUGGUGGCGCGUUUAAUAAUCGUCAAAUCGAGCCCGCGUUUCGUCGUCGAUCGUGUAUCACGCGUAAUUAAAUCGUCGAGUGGUGUUGACCGUGCGUUCCCCGGCGAGCAGUGCACGUACUCGUUCGAAGUAAAGCGGGGGAAAAAUAAGAGAACGACGACGAGACACUCGGCUAAAAUCGAAGUGCGUCUUGUUCGCGCCAGUAAAGGCGUCCUUCCGCGUUCUCUUAUACACGAGUGUCGCAGCUCGUCCCGCGAGUGAGUGAUAUUUCAUUUCCAACGAGCAGUGCCCCGAAGAGGAGGGAAAAUAGCUGUUAAGUGAAGUUCCUCGACUUUUUCGCGAUCGGUCAACGAGAGAUCCGCGGGGAUGACGAGGUAGCCCCCCAUCCGAGGGAUUGGAUUACCAUGCUGGACACGGCCACGAGUCACAGGUGGCUGUCAGAAGUUGAGGCUGAAAGUGCGAAGAGUACAGAUUGGGAGCAGCAUGCUGGCAAUAUAGCGUUCAGACAUCAACGAUCUUCUCCGUAAAGUCACUCUGCCAUGUUGCUUAGGUGAGCGGGAGGGAGGCGGUGCUGACCGGUGGCGGCGGCGGCCAUGCGCCCCGGCCCGCCAGUACAGCCGAGCCGCCGCAGGCCUCCCCGUCGCCAGGAACUCCAUCAGGAACGAAAUCGACGGCACCGGCAAGAUCAGCUGCAACCGCGUGGCCCACGGCCGAACGGGAGCAGCUCACGGGCCCUGCUGGUGUUGCUGCUGCUGGCCAGCAGCCCUCUGGUCCUGGGCCUGGCCGAACCGCCAGGAUUACCCGGGGCCGAGUGGCAGCAGGCACUAUCCAGGCAGACUUAUCCGAAAUCCACCUUCGGCAGAAGCAUUCAACCGAGGAAGCAGCAGAAUCUUACCAUUGGAUACCUCACGGCUAUCAAGGGCGGCCUCAAAGAUCGCCAGGGACUCGCAAUUUCGGGUGCCUUCUCCAUGGCCCUUGACGAGAUCAACAACGAUCCAAACAUAUUACCGAACGUAAAGCUGGUGAUGCGAUGGAGCGACACGAGGGGAGAAACGGUGGAAGCCACCAAGGCGAUGAUCGAUAUGAUCUGCGACGGGGUCGCAGCUUUCUUUGGACCAGAAGGCUCGUGCUACGUCGAAGCCAUAGUCGCUCAAUCCCGCAACAUACCCAUGAUUAGUUAUAAAUGCUCGGACUACAAGGCAUCGAAGGUGAACACGUUCGCGAGAACCGAGCCACCGGACACGCAGGUGACGAAGUCGGUGAUCGCUUUGCUGCUCCAUUACGGCUGGAACAAAUUCACCAUCAUCACGGAGAGCGCCUGGUCGACUGUGGCACGUUCGUUGGAGGAGCAGGCAACCAAGCACAAUCUAACCGUGAACCAUUACAAGACCGUGGAGGACCGUCACACGUGUUGCGAGGAGAGGCUACCGUGUUGUCAAGUUAGCGUAUGGUUUCAGCUUAUACAGGAGACCAAAAAUAUGACUAGAAUUUAUAUAUUCCUGGGAACGGCUAUGUCGCUGAUCGACAUGAUGAACGCUAUGCAAAAUCAAAGGCUGUUGGACAACGGGGAGUACAUGGUGAUACACGUGGACAUGAUGACGUACUCGCCGCGCGAGGCGCAAAAGUACUUAUGGAAACCGGAACACUUCGACCAUCUAAAAAAUUGUCUGGAGCCAAAGGACUUCCUGAAGAGGGCACGCUCGCUGAUGGUGGUGGUGUCCACGCCACCCACGCAGAAUUACGAAGAGUUCACGAAGAAGGUUCGCGAGUACAGCAGUAAAGAGCCUUUCAACUUUGUAAUACCCGAACUGCUGAGGAAGUACGAGAAGUACGUGUCGAUUCACGCGGCGUAUCUUUACGAUUCCGUGAAACUGUACGCGAGAGCUUUGGACCAACUACUGAGGGAUCAACCGGAACACACGCUCGAGGAUAUCGCCAGCAAUGGCACUCAAAUCAUCGAAACGAUUAUCAGGAAUCACACGUAUCAAAGUGUCAGCGGCGCGACGAUCAAGUUCGACAAGUUCGGCGAUUCGGAAGGAAACUUCUCGGUGUUGGCCCUGAAAAAGGAUCCCUUCCGUUUCAACAACUUCUCCUGCGACUACCAGAUGAAGCCUGUUGGCCAAUUUCAACAGGGUGAAACUCUAGUAUACAGACCGUCGGAGGCGAUGGACUGGCCGGGGAAAAACAAGCCGGAAGCGGAACCAGGUUGCGGUUUUCUCAAUGAACACUGUCCCAAAGACGAUACUCAUCUACGUAGCAUCGUGGCCGCCGGUGUUCUGGCUGUUUUAUUGUUCUGCGCUGCGGUGAUCACGAUGAGCAUAUAUCGAAGAUGGAAGAUCGAACAGGAAAUAGAAGGAUUGCUGUGGAAGAUCGAUCCGAGCGAGAUACACGGUUAUCCUCAUCUUGACAACAUGAUGUCCUCCCCUAGUAAGUUAAGCUUAGUUAGCGCAAUGUCCUACGAGUCAAGAUGCGGGGGCCAGGUGUUCGCGCAAACCGGACAUUACCACGGGGUAGUGGUGAGGAUAAAAGAGCUAAAGUUUUCAAAGAAGAAAGACAUAUCGCGGGACGUGAUGAAGGAGAUGCGUAUCCUUCGCGAGAUCAGACACGGUAACCUAAACUCUUUCAUCGGGGCGUGCGUGGAGCCAAUGAGGAUAUUGUUAAUUACGGACUAUUGCGCCAAAGGAAGUCUUUAUGACAUCAUUGAGAACGAAGAUAUCAAGUUAGACGAUAUGUUCAUCGCAUCAUUAGUUCACGAUCUCAUUAAGGGUAUGCUGUACAUUCAUGAGUCAUCUGUGCUAGUCUGUCACGGUAAUCUGAAGUCUUCCAAUUGCGUGGUGACCUCGCGAUGGGUACUCCAAGUCUCUGAUUUUGGCCUGCACGAUAUGAGGCACUGCGCCGAGUCCGAUAGCAUUGGUGAACAUCAGUAUUAUCGAAACUUAUUCUGGAAAGCGCCUGAAUUAUUAAGAAACCCCAAUGCUCCGAUCAGAGGCACGCAAGAGGGUGAUAUUUACUCGUUCGCGAUUAUAUUGUUCGAAAUGAUUGGACGUAAGGGACCGUACGGUGGCGUGAAUCUAGAACCCAAAGAAAUCAUAGACCGAGUGAAAAGGUUCCCAGAAGAUGGUGAACCACCGUUUAGACCUAACAUAGAGAUACUGUCCGAGUCUGAAGCAGAUUGUGCUGAGUAUAUAGUUACUACGAUAACCGACUGUUGGGCGGAAAGUCCAGAACUUAGGCCCGACUUCAAAAUGAUUAGGACAAGAUUAAAGAAAAUGAAAGCGGGAAGGCAUCGAAAUAUCAUGGACCAAAUGAUGGACAUGAUGGAGAAGUAUGCGAACAACCUCGAAGAUCUAGUCAGUGAACGUACACGCCUUCUUUUCGAGGAGAAACAGAAAACCGAGGAUUUGCUUCACAGAAUGUUGCCUGAACCCGUCGCUAAUUGUUUAACAAAUGGAAUCGGAGUGGAACCGGAAGCUUUCGACCUGGUCACUAUAUACUUCAGCGAUAUCGUUGGUUUCACUGCAAUGUCAGCAGAAAGCACACCUUUCCAGGUCGUGAACUUUUUGAACGAUCUCUAUACGCUAUUCGAUCGCAUAAUCAAAGGUUACGAUGUAUAUAAAGUAGAAACAAUCGGUGACGCCUACAUGGUGGUCUCUGGUUUGCCAAUCAAGAAUGGAAAUAGACACGCCGGGGAAAUCGCAUCGAUGUCUUUAGAAUUACUUAAUGCUGUGAAACACCAUACCAUAGCUCACAGGCCUCAGGAUACUCUUAAAUUGCGUAUUGGAAUCCAUACAGGUCCUGUGGUAGCAGGUGUUGUUGGUUUAACGAUGCCACGAUAUUGUUUGUUCGGUGAUACCGUGAACACAGCUUCGCGGAUGGAAUCUAAUGGUGAACCAUUGCGUAUUCACAUAAGUGAACAGUGCAAGGAAGCCUUGGACAAGAUCGGUGGCUACAUCAUCGAAGAACGUGGACUAGUUCACAUGAAGGGAAAGGGAGAAGUGAAGACUUACUGGCUCACAGGAGCCACCGAGAAAGCUAUCCAAAAACGAGAAGUCGACGUUGGUGAUCUUCCACCACUCUUCUGUAGACCAAGAAGAAGUCCAAAAUUAAAUUCAGAUUCCCGACAGGCUUCGUUACUAGGCGGUCUAGGGGGAGGAAGUCGCAGACAAUCAAACGUUCCACGGCCAACUCCGGACGAUUCGUCGUCUCAGUGCGGGGGAUCUAGCCCAGUGCCAAAAUCGUUGAAUCCUCGAAAAUUUGAACGAUCUCCGUUGUACUUGACUGAUAGCGUAUCGAAAACAACACUGGAGAACAUUGCCUUGCCGGACGACGUGGAUAAUCGUGCGGCUAAUAUCAAGAUGGCACUCGAUGACUUCUUCAUCGACACCAGGCCAAAGUUUAGGAAAAACGCGAGGGUUCUAUCGACGAUCGCCUCGUCAUCGUCGACGAGUGAUCAUCCGUUUCAUAAUAUAAUUAGAGAGUCUCGUUCUUUAGACCCGUUCCCCUUGGAACUCUAUAGCAAAAGGUUCGAGUCACCGAAUUUCUCGUGGAAGGAACCGAAGAAAAGUUUCAGGUCGUUGGAGAAUUGUGAAAAGUGCACGAGGACGAACUCGAAAACUAAUAUUUCUGGUAAAGUGUUGAAUAAUAAUUAUCCUAACGGUAAUGUGAUAAUAGUGCCCCACACCGAUGAAUCGCCUAACGAGGCAGAAACACCAUUGCUAGGGGAUGAAAGUGGCUGCAUGGGAGAGAUCGUGCCUGUUAAGCGAUGGAGGUCUCUCGAUCAAGUGGUAUCGGUUCCUAGUACCGACAGUGUACCGGACAAAAAGUCUUCUGCGAGGAAUUCGAUCAGAAGUUGGCUAGUAAAUUUAUUCAAUGGCAAUGGGUUACGUAACAGUGAUGUUUCUUUAAGAAGGGGUGUGAUAGCGGGUUACGAUAUACAGUCAGAACGUGAAAGCAUAGUUUAAUACAUCAGUUUUUUUUUUUUUUUUUUUCUCUCAAAGACAAAAGGAACAAGGAAAGAAACUUCUGCUAUGAAACGUACGAGUGCACAAACAAACGUUAUUACAUUUAUGAAGUCAUAAGCAUGAUGAUGAUGUAUUGUUGCCAUUUUUUUUUUUAGCGUAUAGAUAUGUACGUGGAACGUAUGGGUAUAAAAGUUACCGAUCGUGUAUAUUUUUAAUACCUAGAUAUUUUAUAACUUGUACUAAAAUACGCGUUGUAUUUGACGGAAAAUGAUUCUUUUUUAUUUACAUAGUGCGAGAUUUACGUGUUAAAAUUUUUAACCCGAGAGCAUAAUGAGAAUACGAUAAACUAUUUUAUAAAUAUGAUUCUAACCAAAGUAUAUAGAAAAGCAGAGGUCACACGAAGGUGUCUAUCUCGAGUUAGCACAAACGAUUCCCUGUACAAUGCGAAAAGGAAAAACAAAAAGUUACAGUGUACAUUUAUGCAAGUUCAAAUAUGCUCGAUUCAGACAUAUGUAUGUAUAUACAUGUAUGUAUGUAUAAUUUCUAUACUUGUUCACUGAAGGAAAGCAAAUUAUCCGUAUGGCUGUGAAAAGUGAACUAGAUUGUACCUAAGGUGCUUAGUAAUAUAUCAUCUUGUCAAAUGUAUAUAAUUGAAUAAUAAUAUAUCAAUGUAAAGAUAAAAUGUAAAUUAAAAGAAAUAUUAUCUUCUAUAAGAGCUGAUUAAAGAUUCGUCUUUCCAAAUAA